AUGGGUUCCUUUUCUCAAGUCUGGCAACAACAAUGCAAUUCUCGCACAGAAAUCAUAAAUGCGGCUACUGACUUCUACGCUAAUCUAUACAGACAACCAGACACGCAAAAUCAAAACAUGGUUUCCUAUAGCCACACAGGUACCUCUCCGAUACACCAGUUUACAGAAAAUGAAGUAUUGAAACAAAUAACGAGACUCAAGCCAGAAAAAAGCCCAGGACCGGAUGGAAUCACCAACGAAUGUAUCAAGGUUGCGAAGAAUCUGCUACUGACUCCAAUCACUAUCCUAUGGAAUAAAAUACUUGACGAAGAAGCUGUGCCACAUCAAUGGAUGACAUCGGAAAUUAUACUACUGUAUAAAAAAGGUGACCCAGCCGAUAUAGGCAACUACCGUCCUAUAAGCCUAAUGUCUUGUUUUUAUAAACUUUUUGCCUCCAGUCUACUUGAAAGGAUAGCCCCGGUCAUCGAUGCUCACCAACCGAUCGAAAAAGCCGGUUUCAGAAGCGGUUUCAGCACGAUGGAUCAUAUCCAAGUGGUUGACCAGGUUAGUACAAAAAUUGGUUUGGAAAUGAAUCUGGAUAAAACAAAAAUUAUGUCUAACCGCAGAGCAACGCCCAUCUUAACAAUUAAUAACACACCUCUAGAGUCUGUCAACCACUACAUAUACCUAGGAAAACAAAUUUCCUUUAGUAAGGAAAGGAACACUGAAGAACUUAACCGAAGAGUGGCGAUUACUUGGAACAAGUUCUGGUACCAUAAGGAAAUACUAAAAUCACAACUUCCGCUACAGGCCAAGAAAAUAGUCAUGGAUACAGGACUUCUACCGUGCCUCACCUAUGGAUGCCAAACUUGGAUCUUUGAUCUCAAAACCAGGAACAAAAUUCAGUCUACCCAGAGAAAAAUGGAAAGAAGCUGCCAAGGUAUAAAACUAAAGGAUAAGAUGAAGAACGUUGACAUUCGAAAGAAGACAAAAGUACGCGAUGCCUUAACUUUUGCAAUGAAGGCUAAAUGGAAGUGGGCGGGCCACGCAGCCCGCUACAAGGACGAUAGAUGGACUCUACGGUCAGUAAAGUGGUCUGGACCAAAAGGCACCAGACCAAGAGGUAGACCAAAGGCCAGAUGGGCAGACGAAAUUGUAGCGUGCGCGGGCGGAAGUUGGAUAAAGAGAGACAGCCCUGCGCCUAAUGACAGAGAAGACUCGCGUUCCUUGGGAGAGGCUUUUACCCGAACGGGGUCCAUGCAUUUAUUAACUACAAACAAGUAA